AUGGCCGACACCAGGGAGAAAGGUUUACAGGACUACAGAAAGAAAUUGCUUGAACAUAAAGAAAUUGAUGGACGUUUGAAAGAAUUGAGGGAACAGCUGAAAGAGCUCACCAAACAGUAUGAGAAAUCUGAGAAUGAUCUGAAGGCUUUGCAGAGUGUUGGGCAGAUUGUUGGAGAGGUGCUCAAACAGUUGACGGAAGAGAAAUUUAUAGUCAAGGCAACCAAUGGCCCUCGAUAUGUUGUUGGCUGUCGUAGACAACUGGACAAAAGUAAGCUCAAACCAGGCACCAGAGUUGCGCUGGAUAUGACUACACUCACCAUCAUGAGAUACCUGCCCAGAGAAGUUGACCCUCUGGUCUAUAACAUGUCUCAUGAGGACCCUGGCAGUGUGUCCUACUCAGAGAUCGGUGGGUUGUCUGAGCAGAUCCGUGAGCUGAGAGAGGUGAUCGAGUUGCCCCUGACUAACCCUGAGCUUUUCCAGAGGGUGGGCAUCAUCCCACCCAAAGGCUGUCUCCUGUAUGGACCACCAGGCACUGGGAAAACUCUUCUGGCUAGAGCAGUGGCCAGUCAGCUCGACUGCAACUUUCUGAAGGUGGUGUCCAGCUCCAUUGUGGACAAAUACAUUGGAGAGAGUGCCCGUCUUAUCAGAGAGAUGUUUAACUACGCCCGUGACCAUCAGCCCUGCAUCAUCUUCAUGGACGAGAUCGAUGCCAUCGGUGGACGUCGGUUUUCUGAGGGUACGUCUGCCGACAGAGAAAUCCAGAGGACACUGAUGGAGCUGCUGAAUCAGAUGGAUGGAUUUGACACCCUGCACAGGGUGAAGAUGAUCAUGGCCACCAACCGACCCGACACCCUGGACCCCGCCCUGCUGCGACCCGGCAGACUGGACAGAAAGAUUCACAUUGAGCUGCCAAACGAGCAGGCUCGUCUUGACAUUCUGAAGAUUCACUCUGGCCCCAUCACUAAACAUGGAGAUAUCGAUUAUGAGGCCAUUGUGAAGCUUUCUGAUGGUUUCAACGGAGCUGACCUGAGGAACGUGUGCACUGAGGCCGGGAUGUUUGCCAUUCGUGCUGACCAUGAGUAUGUCACUCAAGAAGACUUCAUGAAGGCGGUGAGGAAAGUGGCUGACUCGAAGAAGCUCGAGUCCAAGCUGGAUUAUAAACCCGUAUAAAAACAUUGGGUUUUCCUCCGACUGAAACAUAACCCCAGUGCGCAAGGAUGUGCUGUAUCAUAACGACCAGUUUAAACCACAUUUGUGUUUUUGUUUGUUUUCUUGAUUUUUUUUUUUUUUUUUUUAAGUCACAGUUUUUGGAUUUUUUUUUUACGUUUGUUAUAGGUUGUGUUGAGAGUACUGGUGGCAAUUGGAAACCAGUACAAUCAAGUAACCUCUUUUGGCCAGACCUUUACGAAUACAACGCUUUAUCAUCUCUGACUUUAUUAACCAGUAAACUGGGUUUCUGUGGUUGCUUCUGUCCAUUAGGAAGUUUGUAUGUCUUCUGAAUACACAAGCUUUGUGCCUGGAUUUCCUCUGUAUUAUUAAAGAUUACCAUAUUGGAUAA